UAGCAGUGUUCGGCUGUCUGCCUGCCGGGUGUAAAGGCCCUCGCGUGCCGUCUCGAAAAGACUCAAAGUGUAUAUACGUACAUGUGCCGAACGGUAUCGUAUGCGCGCGUUUGUUUCUGUGUGGUGUUGGUGUGCUGCUUUACAUAAUACAUUAUAAAAUUCUUGCAACACCGUGUAUAGACACACAGCCAGGGGAGUUCUUAUUUCGACUCUUCAAAUAUAUAUUUUGUAAAAAUUACUGCGUCUACACGAGGAAAUCGCGCUUCCAAGAGAGAAAAAGCAGCGCAGUUAAUCAGUGCAAAAAGGUUGUCUCUCGUGCGCCGGCAAUCUCCCUUCUCCUCAGUGUUCUUCGCAACUCCGAGUCAUCGCUAUAGCCAAUCCGUAACUCGAGCUGCAGCUUCCUUCAUCCACGUACAUAUACGAGAUGCACCCGUACAUGUAUAAGGGAACGUUACGUCGGUAUAACAUUUAAAAAUCAACGAUGCCAACUUUCGAACGCUUCGAACGCAGAUUUUCCGCCCUUUGAAUUUUCGCACUGACUCGGUGAGUCAAGCACGACAACGUAACGGCGCGACGACGCCGCAGUGCAUCGCGGUUCGCGAGUUGUGUGCAGUAGGCGGUAUCGGAACACCGGCAGCGCAGGUCCAACGUCUCUAUAUAUAAAUACAACGAGUGUCAGUGUGUGUUGUGUUGGCGCGUUGGUGUGCAGUAGUGUAUACGUGCAGUUUCGAACUUGGCAGCAGCAUUAUAAUACGUAACAUUCACCGGCGGUCUGCAUCCUAUAUGUAUACAUACAAUACACGUUCGUAUUAAACACAUACACAGACAGAGGCAUGCGCCGCCGCUCGUGUGAGAGAGCAGGACAACAAGAGUCAGUCUCCGCGCGGCAUCUACUGUCUCUGUCUGCACUAGGCUUCACUUCGCCAUAGUCUCUCUCGGCUCUCGAGCAGUAUACAGUGCUGGUGUGUUAGUGCGCGCGCUUUCGCAGCAGCAGCAGCAGCAGCAGCAGAGGGUCUGCGUUCGCUAUAUUAUAGCGCUGUACAACCCAUGGUAGCAGUGCCCCGCUGCUUGUGUAAAAAGCUUCGCGCAGUAUAUAGCAGCAGCAGCAGCACAUAAGUAUGCUUUGCUAACAGUGCGCGUCUGUAUGUAACCAUACACGAGUCCGACCGGUAUCACUCACGGGACUCGAGGACGACGACGCUAUGGCAAGCAUCUGCCUCUCUGCUUUCCGCGACUGAAACUUCCGUCUCUCUCUAUCUCUCUAACUUCAUCUCUUUUCUCUCGAUCGCGUUUCGUCGCGCACAGUGCAUUUAUGUCAUUUAUAUACACAUACGUUUAAGUGUGUGCUCGUUCUACGUGUCCGUGUGUUAGUGCAUACCAAGUGUUACCAAGUGUUAGGUGAAUUGCAUCUUGACCAUUGGCCAUCUUGCGAACACACACACGCGCAUAUUCGCACACAUAAACUGGAGCGCCGACGCAUUUUAGUUGUUGCUACGUAAUAUACAACGACGUCGAGAGACCUUGGGCACCGAGAGCCGUCCACUGGGUUAUAGGAACAGAACCCCAUCGAGCUGAUAUACCCGUACCGGCGUCUAUCUCUCUCGCUCGCACCGCAUUAUCUUCUUGCGCCUUUGUUUUUGCGCGCCGAGAGAACGCUUUGACGCUGCUAUACUUCUGUUCUGCUGCCGCCGAUGCUGAUGCCGCAGCAGCUCAGGCGUCUAUUUAACAAUUAAAACGCCUCUACGAGCCUCGAGGGUCGACUUCACGGAUCACUUCGACGACGCUUCGAGGAUUCGUCCGAAUAACAUGAAAAUAUGGUCCACUUAUCGCGCGUAGAGUCGAACAGCGAGAUUGAGUCCGACGCAGAGACCAAACAUGCUGUCGUCUUACAGCAGCACCAACAACAGCAGCAGCAGCAAUCGUCGCAGCUGCCAGCGGUGCAGCCGCUACCCGACUUGGUGGAAAUGGAGGUGAUGCUACCGACGCACGCACAAACGAUCGAGAUAUCGGACGUCUCGGCGGACGUACCAUUAGUGGUGGCUCAAGCGACCAAAAAAAGCAAAUCCACAGCCAAUGGAAAACACAUCUACAAAGGUCGAUGGAACAAAGACGAGGAUGCUUUGCUCAAGGAGCUAGUGACCGACGCCCUGGAUGCGAAUAUGCAACCGAGAUGGGAAAUGAUCGCGGAACACUUCAGAAAUCGAAGCGACGUUCAGUGUCAGCAGAGAUGGGCCAAGGUUGUCAACCCUGCUCUCGUCAAAGGUCCUUGGACCAAAGAGGAGGAUCAAAAAGUUGUGGACCUGGUGCAACGCUACGGAGCGAAAAAAUGGACACUCAUAGCGCGUCACUUGAAAGGCCGGAUUGGCAAACAAUGCCGAGAGCGCUGGCACAAUCACUUGAAUCCUAUUAUCAAAAAGACUGCUUGGACGGAGGAAGAAGACCAUAUAAUCUUCGUUGCUCACAAGCGCGUUGGUAACCAGUGGGCUAAAAUAGCAAAACUUUUACCCGGGCGAACGGAUAAUGCCAUCAAAAAUCACUGGAACAGUACGAUGCGAAGAAAAUACGAAGCCGACGAUGGCAAAAAGAGUUCUCGAGGUCGAGGUAAAAAACGAACUAGCACAGCGCCUGCCAGCACCAGCACGAACUUGACAGGAGUGGCAGAUAGAUUGAUGAAAAUGGAGGUUGAAACACAAAAUGAGACGAAUUCGAGUGCACCUACUGAACAUGAAACAAUGGGUGAAUGGUCACCGCAAUGGGGUUUUGUGGACCCACAGCAACAAAGCCAACAACAAACAUCUCAAAGUCAGCUUGAACUAACGUAUUCCGAUCGUCAAAUAAUCCACCAACAAGCAUACCAGGAAGGUUUACAAAUAAAUCGCUCUCCGAUAUCAACUCAACAUCAGUUGACUAUAUCGCCGUUUUCAAAGCUAUACUACGAUGGUUUAGAAGUAGCUCCUAAUUCGAGGUCAAACGAAAUUAACCUCGUACCUAUGCCUGACUUUGAAGAUGCGGAUACAUCGACCAUGGAGCGAGAAAAAAGUAGUACUCCAUCGAUUUUGCGCAAGCGAGCUCACAAAAAUCUUGAGAAUCAAGAUUAUUUAAUGACAUCGUAUCCAGACAUCGAAUCCGCGCCUGGUGGUUUCCUAGGCAAUCCUUCAACUCCAAUCAAGCAGUUGCCUUUUAGCCCGUCACAAUUUCUGAACAGCCUGUCUUCAGAUAUGUCAUCUUGGCCUAGAGCAAGCACGCCUAAAACCAAGCAAGAGAGUCCAGCAUCAUUGACGACACCUCAACCAUCGAUCUUGCGUCGUGGCACUAUUGCAGAAAGCACAGACCGAGUCACCCCCAGAACUCCUACUCCAUUCAAAAAUGCUCUAGCUGAAUUGGAGCGUCGAAGUCCAAUUGCCAAAAUCAAUCAGACCAAUACACCUAACAGGCUGGAAGCUCUUUCCGAAAUCAUCAAGCAAGAAGCAGAUCGUGAAAGUCUUGCCGGUACGAGCAAUGACAGCCUGCUUCAAGAUUCGGGUUAUGGUACAGGUCGUCGGCGUGGAAAAGAAAACAGUGCACCAGGGGGAAGAAAAGCUCGCAAAGCACUUUGCCAAGCUUGGCAAGAUAGCUCCGAAAUGAGCUUUGCCGUCGAAACUCCAAGCAAAAGCAUAGACUCUUCAGUUCUGUUUUCUCCAUCUGGUCUGGCAUUGGAUGACAGUUUUCUCACGGCUGGUCCAAGUCCACUAAAGACUCCUCACGACUCUGCACCUAUGCAACGGAGGCCUAAUGCGAAGAGAGCCAUUUCAUUUGAUACUUUCGAUAGUCCAAAUAGUACAAGUGCAGCGCCAUCAAAAAUUCCGAAGAUGAACUUUGAAGUGCAAUGGGUUGCUGUAGCUUGUGGACGAACUCAAGACCAGCUAGAUAUGACCCAGGCAGCACGGAAUUUCCUCAACCUACACGGUUACACGCCUCUACGUCCGCGGUCUCUUAAUUUCUAAAAUUUCUGAAAGACUGUUAUGACGUUGUCAGUCUGUUUCAAUGUAUAAGUAGUAUAGAAUCAGAUAGUACAAAGAUUGUACUAAAAAUUUUCUAUCGUAAAAUCGAAAAUAGUUUAUUAGUUAUGUAUAUGUAGAAUGUUAAACUGAUACAUAUACAAUAUAUAUGUAUGGGGUUUUGAUACUCACGAGCUCAUCGUGAUUUUCAGUGCAAAUUGUAAUAUGAACCUAAAAUAAGUGUGUUUAAAGCGUAUUUUUACACAUUUUUAUCUAAAAAAAAGUUUUAAGACAUUUUUUUGUAAGAAAAAAUGCAGUUUGUAGUGGUGUUUCUUGCAGUAAACAAUGUAUUGUAUACUUGAAAUAUCCAUUUACAAGUAUAUGAAUUGUCAAAUUCACCAAUUAGAUUCUAUCAAACUUUUUAUAUCAAUGUUUUUAGAUGAAUUUUCACUUUAUACUGUAGUUUUAUUCUUUCCUGCCUCUCUUUUUCUUAGUGUAUACAGCUUUUUCAGGAAAAUAAUUUUUAUAAUUUUGAUAAUAGAGGAGAUAGCAUUACGAAAAUAUAUUAUAUUUACACUUUUUUCAUUUUUAGCAUCAAAUUUUAUGAAUUUUAAUAGUACUUCGUCUAUUUGAUGUAACAAUAUAUGAAAAUUUGUUGUGACCAUUAUGUACAAAUCAAUAAUAAUUGGUUCAUGUUAAUGCAAUCAACCAAUAAAGUGUCAUUAAUCACCGAA